AUGACAACCCCUCAGCCCCCCUCCGCUGCUGCGCUCCACAUGCCAUCUGUUCUCCCCUCGUCUCCGCUUAGAUCUCUGAAACCCAUCUCGGUUCGGGAGCUCUUAAGCUCACGGAAGCCAGCUUUUGCGAUCGGCGGCAGUGGAUGCUGGGGAUCAAUCUCUAGGAGCCCUGUCGUUUUGAGGGCGGCUUUGCCCCAACGCAAAAGCACCAAAAUGACGGAAAUGGUCAGAAUUCCAGAUGCUCUUGGCGGCAACAACCUCGAUGAAGCUGAAGAAGGUGAUGAAGUCGGGGUUCGGUCGAGGAAAGACGAGGCUAUUGUUCUCAGAAAUGGGUCCCUGAAGUUUGACUUGGACCUUUCGUCUGAGGGGCUGGAAUCUACGCUCAAUAAACUGGUAUGCUGGCAUCCGAUCGUCUGUGCCCUCCUCGUAUUAAUUUUGUUUCCCUCCCAACUCAAAAUCCUUUUGAAGCUUUCGAUAUGCUGAGGAAGCUUAGGGGAACCCGCUGAGAUGCUUUUUUUUUUGGACGUUGGGAUGGAAUUUUCUUCAUCUAAACCACUACAGGCUCGGUUGAUAUCCCAGAGAGAAUUAGCCAGAAUUAGUGUACUUUGUCUGUCCAAAUCGAUUUAGGAUUCUUCCCUCUGUAUUUUCAGAAAGGACCGUAAAGGUGCUCACAAGUUUGAUCAUCACGCUCCAUUCACUGUGUCUUAUAAUUCCUUCCAAAUCAAGCAUUAGGUUCUUGAUCAAUUGUUUGAUAUUGUAGAAUUUUCCAGCGUCGUGAAGGUUGUUCUGGCGACUAUGUUUCAAGCAUUUUACACAAGCUGGCUGAAAGCUAUGUAUAAGUAUUAGCACGCACAUACAUACAUUUGUUAUUGAAUUCCAUUCAUAGAAGAAGUUUUCAUUGAAAAUUAUAAUAUAAGUGCUCGUGCAUCUUGUCAGGAAUCCAGACCCAAAAUGGUUGAACACAUUGUCCCAAGUGAAUGCACAUACCAAUGACAGCAUCUGUGAAUCUUCGUGCAGAUUUUAUCUCUUCAUUCCCGCUUGAGAUAUCCAUCCUAGAGUAACCCUCGUUUGUGAAUUUUUGUUAUCUAUUUUUGCAAGUGGUAAAUCUUUGAUUAGGAAAGGAGACAGAAGAUGCUCUACGGCUGAAUACCAAAUAUAUUUCAGAUUUAUUCACAUCAGUCAGGAGAAUCUUGUUCCUACGGCAAAUAAUAUUUGAUCAUUGCAUUUUUUUUUUUUGUGCAUCUCUUAAUAAAAGUGGGAGGUGGGGAAAUUUAACCCGAAAGUUCCCUAAAAAAAAUUCCAGUUAUGAUUCCUGUACUCUGUUCAUCAUUGUUGUUAUAAAGUUUGGGAAUUAUAUUCAUGGGUACCAAUUACUCAGAAAUCAUGCAAGGAUUGAUCGUGUUAUAUGCACUCUGAUACUUUCCCAUAUUAAGCUGCAGUAGAUUUUUCUGUCUCUUGAUGCCUUUACUACUACCUGAUUGAAUUUUUUUUCCGUUCAUAUCAGAGCAAAUGGAUUAUAGCAGCUCUUUUUGGCAUAGUGAUUUUAUGGAAGCAUGAUGGAGAAGCCAUGUGGGCAGCGAUGGGGUCUGUGAUUAACGCCUUGCUAUCAAAACAGCUGAAACAGAUAUUCAAUCAUCAAAGACCUGAUCCUUCGUUGAAAUCUGGCCCUGGAAUGCCAUCCUCACAUGCACAGUCCAUCUUCUAUGCUGCGUCAUAUGUGGUGAUUUUAUGUAAGUUCCAUGAAACUUUCCCUUUGCAAUCACAUUUUGGUUACCUUGAAUUAUCUGUGGCAUGAUUCUGAGAGUUUGGUGCUUUCGGUGUUGAGUCCCAAUACUAGCUAUAUAUGAAGGUCUCCAAGUGACACAAUUUUAAUGUGUGGAUAUUAUAUGUCAAUAGCCCUUUAAUAAAUCUGCAUUUCAUAGUCGAAAUCUCAUACAUUCUCGUAACGUUUAUUCAUAGGAGGGAAGUCGCUCCUAUCUUAUAUAGUAGCCUCACAUGUGUGUCAUUGCGUCUAUUUCUACUGCCCCAUAGAGGAUGCAACCUCUUCGACAAAAUGAUGUAGUACACAGUAUAAUUCCAUGAUUUUUGUUUUGAUUGCACGUACCCUUUCAGGCAGGCAUGUUCCGGUUUUCUUGAGGCCCUUUUCUCUUGUUUGGUUGAGAAUUUUCUGAGACCUUGAGAGCUUAUUUGUUCUGUCUCAGCCCCAAAGGAUUGCAGGGAACCACGCCCAGUAGCUCUUUAAUGAUCCAUGUUUACAACGGCUGAAAGUUUUGCAACGCAUGAUGGAGCAUUGGUCCGUGAAAAUGAGCAUCCCAUGCACAGCUUCAAUGAGAAAAUGCAACGCAUCUAUUUAAUCAUUUGAAAAUCUGAAUACUUCCACUCCCCAAACCACCUGGUCCUCAGGGAUAGAGCUUUAUACAAGGUGGAUUGCAUAGUCUGGCAUAUUUGAAAUGAAGAGAGGUUCUCAGAAAAGAGCCACCAAAGAGAGAGAGAAGGGGGGAGAGAGAGAGAGAGAGAGAGAGAGAGAGAGAGAGAGAGUUCCACAUGUCACCCAGAUUUCCAUUCCCAGUUCGUGUCGGAUUAUUCGUGCCCUUUAGACAAAAUGUAUGCCAUUUUCUCAUCAAGACGCCAUGCAGUCUGUACCUUUCUAAUUGUAAUCGAUUAAGGUCAGAAGGCAAUACGAGUAUUUAACUUGUCUGAUUCGUAUUGAAAAGACUCUGCACACACUAAUGAACUUCUGCAGAGUCCUAUUCAUAAAAAAGAAAAAAGAAAGAGAACUCGGGCUAUAAUUUCAGCCUUGGACUGAUUCACUGGUCUCAUUCUCUCUCAAUUUCGAGUGUUUGACUCGUUUUUGUCUCUCUUGCGGCAGUGAUUGACUCGUGGGGAAUAAAUGUCUUCACAUUGAGCCUUGGCAUAUUCACUCUGGCUUGCGGUGUGUACCUGGUAAGAAGCAUGCUCAAUCUUAUGCUAGUCGAAUGCCUUUCCAUGCGUUGUGAAUUCAUCCCAUCACAGUUCAGUCGGCUACGAGUCGGGUUGACCUCCCACAUUCUCUCUACUUUGUUGACAUGUUUCUUUCAUGUCUGGCAUCCUUAACAUGUCAGCCGCUGCAGAAGCUCUUCAAAACCCAUGUUCCUUCCCUCUAGGCUUUUAUGAUCUCCCUCUACACAAAAUUAGAGUACAGUUUAUGGGGAUAUUUUUGGCGACCUCAACCUCAAACCCUAAGCUUCUCAUUUUGAUGGGCGGGUGAAGUUGACUUCUGUGAUUCAUGCAGUCAUGGCUGCGCGUCUCCCAGAAGCUUCACACCGUCGCCCAGGUCAGCGUUGGUGCCGCCAUCGGAUCUGCCUUCUCGAUCGGAUGGUUCUUCCUGUGGCGCGACCUCGUGGCCAAGGCCUUCGUCUCCUCCCUCUGGCUCAGAAUCGUGGUGGUGCUGGCGUCGGUCGCCUUCUGUGCUGGCUUUCUGGUGUACGUGGUUCGGACUUGGCUGGUGGACGAGGAAGAGUCUCUGUAG